GAAGAGAAAAUUAACAAAAGGAGAAAAACUUAGAUUUGGUGAAGGAGUUAUUAGAGUAUUAGGCAUAGUAAAAUAUUUUAGCAAGAUCGAGAGUUUAUGACCCUCAAAAAAGAACAGUGCACAAACUUGAUGUUGUAACUAAGGGGCAAAAUCAUUGAGUUAUGAAUUUCUGUAUGAAUAUUGUGAUAUUGAUAAAGUGGUAUGUUGAAUAAAUGGAGCAUAGGUUGCUGGUUUGAAAUAAAUUCACUAUGGAUUCAAAUGAUUCAAUAGUAAAGAACCUUAUACUGUUUUUUUAGUGAUCGGCUACCUGAUGGAGUAAGAAGGCAAUAGAUCUAUACAUGCAUCAGAUAAAUCAUAAUCUAUUAAUAUAUCAAAAGGUUGAUGAUUGGACUGACCAAUUCUGAAGCUCAUUAUGAAAAUUUAACCAUUCCUAAAUCUUAUUAAUAAAAAGAUUUAAACAGUAUUUCAAUUCCUCAAUUUAAUUACUAUCCUCUGCACAAGCUUUCUAAAUUAAUUCAGCAAGAUAUUCUCUCAGCAAUUUAAACCAAGAAAACAUUCAGCAUCUGGUAAUUCACUUUAUAAUUCCCCAUCUUUCAAAUAAAAUCAACCAAUAAUAAUAUUCUGAGAAAUCCAUAUUAUACAUUCAUUUUCAAAAAUAAUCCUAGACUCUUGAAAAACCAUUUCUUUAAUGUAUGUAAAUUUUUGAUCCUAUGAUUAGUCUCAUCUUGA